GUCAAAUUUGACAUUAACUCUAUUAUCUCGACAACAACCAAAGAGCAAAAUCCCAUAAAUCCCUUCAUUCCUUCUGUCAAAUAAAGAGAGCAAAAAGCAAAACAGAAAUGUAAUUUUAUUCGGUAAAUAAUUGUGCAUUUACAUGUCGUAAUAACAAUUUACCUCAUAUUUCAACAUAAAAACAAUAUAAAGAAUAGUAAUGACAGACAUGGAAGUACAAGAAGCAUUAGCCUCCCUGGACAUGUUGAUGUCUGAAUUUUUUGCUCCAACUACAAGUAACCAUAGGAAGAGGGAAAUCGAAAGUAUGCUUGAAAAUUUUUCCAAUCGCCAAGAUUCUUGGAAACAUUGUUUAAUGUUCUUGCAAAAAUCACAGAAUCAAUAUGUUUUAAUGUUUACGUUAACUACUUUGGAGAACAUAAUCAACAGGCAAUGGAUAAGUUUGUCUGAUAAUGAAAAGACAGAAAUUCGUCUUACUCUGUGGAAUGAGUUAAUGGCAAAGCAUGAAGUAAUGCUAUAUUUUAUUAGAAACAAAGUGGCAGCCUUGAUGGUCUCUAUUGCCCGUUAUGACUGGCCCCAUCUGUAUCCUGAUUUCUUUAGUAACAUUGUAGAGCUUAUUAAGUGUGAGGGACGCCGCUGCCUUCUCGGUCUGGUGCUAGCACAGGCGGCUAGUGAGGAGCUGGGCGCAGCAAGGGACACUGGUGUGUUGCUUCCAUCUGCUCGCCGCAAUCAGUUAGAGAGGUUAAUGCUUAAAGGCAUGCCUCAAAUGCUAGCAGCUCUUAGUGCUAUACUGGAAAGAAAUGCCCAGAAAGAGGGUCAGUCCAAUCCUCCUCCAUCGCCAACCAGUGGUAUACCGCAGACUUCUGCGCUUCCUGAUUUGCUAGCAAAUGCACAUGAUGUUCAUAACGUUGAUAAGUCUUUAAAUAUGGAGAUAGUUGUGAAAUGUUUGACAACACUCCAGCAUUUAUUUUCUUGGCUUCCUUUAUCUUCACAUGUACCACCAUCACUUGUGACUACAGUAUUUUAUUGGGGAAGCAUAGCUACGCAAUCACAGAGUAUGGAGGCGGCGUUGAGCGGACUGGGCGGUGUGUGCGAAUUAUUGUAUAGGCGGUACGCGCCGCCGUCGUCCGCCGCCACCGCGCUGCGCUUGCACCACUGCGCGCUACGGCUACUGCGACACCUCACGCACUUGCCGCACUACAUGAUGCGCGCGCACCACGAUUAUCUAAACAAACUAGCAGAGUUCCUGAAACUAUUUGUAUCGUUGCAUUUUAAACGACUUGAAGCAGAACCCGAGUUCAAUGCUAUAGAAUUCUUAUCGUAUUUAUUCCAAUAUACAUUCCAGGUGCCCACAUGUGCUAUUUUUAUAAAUUGUCUAGACAUAUGGAUACAGUUUAUUGAUAUUCUAAAGCCAGAAGAUACUGCCAAAUAUUGGGAGGCUUUGCAAGCACUUGUCGAUCGAGUGUUGAAUAAAAUUCAAUUUCAACAUAACAAGGCACAACUUCAACAUCUCGACAAUGACGUAUGCGAUGAUGACGGUGAGACUGAAUGGCAAACAUUCCUGAAACAUUGUAUUGAAUGUAUAGCACGAGUCGCAGAUUUAGCGCCGUUGGAUAUUUUUACCAAUGUGUUGGAAAGGUGGCAGUGCCUAGUAGGAGUGCACGCGCGAGCGGCGGGACGAGUGACAGGCGGCGCGCCAGACGCGGAGCGACUGCUCGCCGCGCUGCUGGAUCUCGCCACGCUCACGCGCGUGCUGGGUCGCCUCGCGCCCGCACUCGUGCCAGACACGGAGAGUCCUCACCGCGCGGCGGGCACGGCGCUGAUGGAGCGCACGUGCGCCGCGCUGGCGGGCGCUGCCCUCACGCGCCCGCACCGCUCGCCGCACUCGCCCGCUCACACACACGCGCACGUGCAGGUUCAUGCUGAAAUGUUUGCCUGUAUGGGAGCAUGGUGUUGCUACGCAAACGAAUGCGGCGUCCCAAGUCACACGAUGGAAGGUUUAUUUACAUCCGCAGUGCCAUUUCUACUGCCACACGAAAUACCAGAACCGCCAUUACUAUGCCACGCUGCAGCACAUUUGCUGCUUAGUUUAUCGAAGAACGUGAAGGUCGCAAAUGACCCCGUGACGUUAGUAGGAGAUCUUUACAAUCACGCACAGCGAUCAUUACAUUAUUUAGAACCAAAGACUGCUGCGGUUGUUCGUGAGGCGCUUCUCUCCUUAUUACUGGCGCGGGGUCCAAACGUCGGAACAGGGUCUGGUUCGGGGGCGGUGGUAGGGGCGGGGGGAGAGGCGGCGCGCGGUUUAUUGGCCGCGUGGACGGCGCCUCUGCCAGUUGCCGGCCCGGCGGCGACGUUGCCACCCCUCACUGCCUUACUGCACGCUUUCGCGCACGCUCCUACCAAUGCCAAGAAGAUAAUAGCAGAGAGCAUGCAAGGCGCGGCAGAGACGGCUCUGCGCAUGUUGUGUGAACCAUUGUACGCGACCGCCGAGACUGAGAUAACAGAGUUCUUUUUCGCGCUGUUUACGGCCCUGCUGCCGCAACUGGGCAAUUUUGCAUUCACCGCCAUCGAUGUUUUCUUGGAAGUUGCGCAAAGAGGUGGCGGUGAUAGCAGCCUGGAGCGGUUGGUCGAGUGCGUUCGUCUCGGCGUAGAGGCGGGCGGCGGUGGAGUCCGAGUGCGCGCCGUGCUAGCGCUGCUGCACGCGCAAGCGCUGCCUCGCGCGCACCAGCACGCGCCCGACCUCGCGCGCGCCUCGCACCGCUUGCUGGCCAGCGUCCUCAUACACCGUUGGCGGUACUUCUUCACCGUGAAAUGUGAAGGCGAGGAAAGCGCUCGACGCCUGAACGAGCUUCGCGAAGCGCUAUCAGCGUUAGGCCGCUCGCUGCUGCAGCCGGACAUAGAGCUGCUGCGCAUCAACAUAGAAACCCUCGACACGUUAAACACCAAGUGGAAACUGUACCAUAAGACGAUAUUCCGCAACGAGUUCCUGUCGGAGUUCUUGUCUGUAUUGCUGGCGAGUUUAUCGGAGGGAGGGGCACGCGCGUUGCUACGAGACGAAGUGAUGGCCGCGGUGCACAGCAUGGCGGCGGUAGACUUUCACGCGUUCCGCGCCGCCUUCCUGCCGCACUUCCUGGCUGCGCUGCCCGGCCUCGCACCCCACCAUCGCGACUUGCUCGCCGACUUCCCCGCGGACACGGAUUUACCAACAUUUACUCAAAACAUCCAAAGGCUGAUGAACGACGUGAACUGUUACCGAGCGUACAAUGCGCUCGCACCGCCAGGCAUGACCGCAUAGCACACACCCCACAUUAGCUGAGAAUUGAUGGACUAUUGACCAUUAUUGACAUAUUAGGGCUGUGAUAACAGUAUGCACUUUAAACAAUGAAGGACCCUUUUAACAAAAGAAUGAAUCUAGCGAUUGUUUCUUGUACGCGAGAGUUAUGAUUUAGAUACAUUAUAUUAUAUGUAUUGAUUUCGUAGACUGUUUCGAUUUUAGUUUUAACGCUUGAUGAAUAAUAUUAUAUAGUUUUGGGUGCACUGCUUGUUUAUGCGUAGAGAAGUGUAAGGGUGGAUUCUUUUUAUGGAUUUAUGUCGGACGGAAUAUAGAGAAUUAUUUGGUGAAGACAUAAGAGUAGUGUUUGUGUUAAUCUUAUAAAAAAAUAAUUCCCAUGUAUACUUUACUAAAAGGUUGCGAGUCAGCAGCCAAGCUUACUUAUAGUAUGUUGUACUAAUGUUAAAAAAAAUGUUUACAGAAUGGGACGCAUUUGCAGUAGUUAAAAAUUAAAUAAUAUAGUAUAACCUAGUCUACGUGAUGAUUAUUAAAAUUCUUUUAAUCAAUUUAAGAUAUGCAUCUUCUAAUACGAGUAUAUGAUGGGUUAGCAUUCCUUGUUAGACAUCAUCGACGCUUCCCAUCAGACGACAUGGAGGUCAAAAUCAAAUUAUAUCAGAUUUGAAUUUUCAGUCUCGAAAAUUUGACUGUAAUUUUAUUGCAAGACUUAACUUUUGGUUUCACCUUAGAUGAAUAAAUCAAAAAGAGAAGAUACGGCACGCUUUUACUUGCGUCAAAUAAAAGAUUAUCCGACUCAACUAUUUAACCGAGACAGAACGGUAGGUUUUAACGCAGCGCGAGCGAGUCCGCGUCUGUUGACAACCGACUGCGCAUACUUUUUGUCUGUACCAACGGCUGAGCUGUAUUGUUGCCAUAGACGUAUAAGAAUAGAGAAGGGGAGAUAUAGACUACUAUAAAUGGAAGUGUCCCUCUUCGUGUUCCGUAAUAGAAAGAGAAAGAAGAUGAGAGACCGCUAGCUUUCUCUCUCUAAUCCCGCAUGCGUAUUUAUCAACCGUAAGCAUCUUACUAUUUCGAUGUGAU